AUGUUUGGAAAGAUAAUUAUACCCAUUUGCAUCAUAGGCAUCAGCCAAGCAGUAUUGAUUGAUCAAACAAUGCAAAAACACGAACAGGAUAAAGAAAACCCCCAUGGGUGGCAAAUGGUAAAAACGUACCACCCGCCGAAGUCAACCUACAUGUACAGAUACGAGCCUUUCGCGUACCCCAAAUAUGAGUUCGAGUAUUCAGUAUCAGAUAAAAAGACUGGAGACCACAAACACCAUCAUGAGACACGUGACGGCGACCGAGUUCGUGGGGAGUACAGCCUCGUGGAAUCAGACGGCUCACUCCGGAAGGUGCAGUACCACGCUGAUGAUCACAAUGGGUUCAAUGCAGUUGUUAGCAAGACAGUAAACAAGCAUGGAGAUCAUGCAGUAUCCGUCACGGACCACACCAGAUUCUUUUACCCAGUCGGGCACGGUAUCAAGAUCAACCACUAUUUCCCCGGCAAGAAUUACCAAUACAUGGAACUUAAGGAGAAUAACAAUGAAAGAAAACCUGUUCAUGAAGAGAGAGAACCCGAAGUUGUUAAGGACGAGGAACCAACCAAAAUGGUACUAAUUAACUCCGCAGAGAAUGUGAUGCUAGUAGAAGAACCGGUUCAAGAAACAACUCCUUUACCAAAAGCCGAAGUAGUCGACACUGUCCAAGUAGUCCCAGCUAUGGUGUCCGUCAUAGCUCCUAAUUCCGAAAACGACAAAGACAGUAACGAAAUCUCAACCGCAACUGACGUUAAAAAGAUUGAAGAACCUCCAAAAGAGCCUUCAACCCCAGUAGAAGAUCAAACACCAAAGGAAGAUCAACCCUUAGAUUCUGAUGUAGCAUCAUCGUUUUACCACUCAAGAAUGUACUAUGUUGGUUUUUAA